AGUUCUGUAUCCCCUGUUUCUUCUUCUUCUUCUACCACUCUGCCUCUUUCUCCAUAGUAUAAAUUCAAUCGAGCAAAGUUGUGUGUGUCUGUCCAAGUUUCUGUGGGCGAGGCAUUUCGUCGAACACAUAAUGGGCGCGGGGGGUUCGGUGGAGUCUGUAUCGGAGCAUUAUUUGAUGUGCAUUAGCCCUAAGCAGUACAAGAAACAGCAAUUGCAGACCGUGGAGCUGAAGGUCGCCAUGGAUUGCGAUGGCUGCGAACUCAAGGUCAAGAAUGCCCUCUCUUCCUUACGAGGGGUGAAAAGUGUAAAGAUAUAUAGAAAGCAACUGAAGGUGACAGUAACAGGGUAUGUAGAAGCAAGCAAAGUAUUGAAGAGGGCAAAAUCCACAGGAAAAAAGGCAGAACUUUGGCCAUAUGUGCCCUACAAUUUAGUGGCACAUCCCUAUGUUGCCCCAGCUUAUGACAAGAAAGCCCCUCCUGGCUAUGUGAGGAAUGUAGAACACAACAAUGCCACUGUUGUCAAGUUUGAAGAUCCUUCUUUUGUCACCAUGUUUAGUGACGAGAACCCUAAUGCAUGUUACGUCAUGUAGCAAACCACGACGAGGUUGUUGUGUUUUUCGGUUUUCGAACUUGUUUAUUUAUGUGUAUCUUCUCCCGUUGUGGGCUUUUUCGGAAGUGUUGGAACUUGUUAGAAGAGUUUUGGAUGUUUUUUAAACGUAUAUGAAAGAGAUGGAAAAUGUCUCUUUAAAAAACGUUGGUUUAGCGAAAGUCAACGUGCUAUACUUACUAAUAUGGAAAGCUGUUGACUUUGGUUAAUAAUCACGUCUUUUUUGGAGAAAUAUUUUCUACUCUAUGUUUAUAGGAAGUUUUAGAACUUCUUUAUUUUUCUAAUAAGUUCUAAAAUCUAUUCUGAUUUUGUAA